AGAUAAGAAUAUUUUUUAUGGAAAAAUCCAAGUUUUUAACUUAACUUAAAUUUAUAUACAUUCCCAUUAUGAAUCGUGGAGAUUUUGGUGCAGCACCUUCAUAUGGUUCAACAGCAGCCUCAUAUCAUCGAACACAGUCAGCACGAGAGAAGGAUAAAUUCAACAGUCUGUGUGACAGUGUUAGCGGGAAAAUAUUUAUUGUAAAUAAAAAUGUAUCUCGACUUGAAACCCUCUCACAGAAAAUUGAUCAUGAUGUCGAUGAAAAGGAAAACGAAGUUAAAAUUCAUAAAUUAUCACAAGAAACGAACAAAUUAGCAAAAGAGACAAAGAAUAUAUUUAAAGAAAUAUCAGAAUAUACGAGAGUUGGGAGAUUUGAUAGACAUGAUCCACGAUAUAGUCAGUACAACCUUCUUCAGAACAAAUUAAGAAAGGAAUUCGAAAAUGCUCUAUCAAGAUACCACGCCAUUCAAAACGUUUUAUCAUUAAAAAUGAAAGCACACAUCGAGCAAGAAGUAAGUUUCACUCAGGAUACGUCCAGUAUUAGCAUAGCAGUUGAUGAUGAUAAAGAACAACUUGUUGAUAUUCAGGAGCAAGAAAGUGCACAACAACUGAUGUUACAUGAGCAAGAAUUGGAACAAGCGAAAGAAAGAGAAGCGCGCAUACUUCAAAUCGAGGAAGAUAUGUUGAACGUCAACGAAAUAUUUCAAGAUCUUGCUGCUUUGGUUCACGAACAAGGAGAGGCAAUCGAUUCAAUUGAAAGUCAUGUGGAACACGCUGCGUUGCAUGUGGAGGAGGGUAAUAAACAACUCGUCAGAGCAAAAUCAUACCAGAAAAGCGCAAGAAAGAAAAUGUGUAUUAUUGCAGUAGUGGUCAUUGUUAUUGCUAUUAUAUUGGGAGUUAUAAUUUAUUCUGCAACGCAAUAAAAAGUUAAAGAGAACAAAUACUUCGUAUGUGAUUAGGUACCGCACUGAAAGUAAAUAUUAUAAAACAAUUAGAUGGUGAUAUUGAUGGUACUAAUAUACUAAUUUUUUUUACCUCUUUACGUUACUCGUAACGCGUCUAAACUCUCGCCAACAUGGGAGCGGGUAGUUUUCGCGGAUAAACUGAUGAAUGCGAGAAAAAUCGUUUCUUUGUAGCAAUAAUACGCCCCCUAGCAGAACUGGGGUGUUUUCUUCGCGAUUUACAAUAAAUUCUUAAUUUAGAUUUAAGGAAUCGUCUCGGUUUGUAUUUUACAAUAGCCUUCGUUUCAAGGAUUCAAUAUUUUUGUAAGAAAUACAACACUCAAAUAUGUAUUUAUAUAAUUCAUUGAAAAAAAUACAAUUUUUUAUUAUUA